UCUCAUAUUAUAUCUAUCUUCUUAUAUUAAAAACCUUUUUGCAUAUUGUGUUGCUCUUAUAGCAUGCAUGGAGAUGGAGUCUUGUUACAGUUUUUGUAACACUAAUAAUCCCUUAGUAGAUGCUGAUGCUUCUUCUUCUUCUUGUUCUGCUGCUUCUUCUUCUUCUUCUGCUUCUUCUUCUUCUAAUAGGAGUGAUAAUAAUAAGCAGACUGAUAUCGAGCCACUUGAUCUUUUUCCACGCAGUACUUAUAAUUCUGUUGAGCCACAGCCAAUAUUUAGUGAAAACCCUAGAACAAUAUUAAGCAGAGAUGGAGACAAAGAAGAGGUUACUGUGGCCUUACAAAUUGGCCUUCCUAAUUAUACUUCUCAUAGCUCCAUCGAUUCCAAUACUAACAGUAAUAAUGCAGAUAAACAAUAUUGGAUACCAACUCCUGAACAAAUACUCGUUGGCCUUACUCAUUUUUCUUGCCAUGUCUGCUUUAAGACCUUCAACCGCUACAACAAUCUUCAGAUGCACAUGUGGGGACAUGGAUCACAGUAUCGAGGAGGACCCGAGUCGCUAAAGGGAAGUCAGCCGCGAGUAAUGUUAGGGAUUCCUUGCUACUGCUGUGCAGAAGGGUGCAGGAACAAUAUACAACAUCCAAAAGCAAAGCCUCUAAAAGAUUUCAGAACAUUGCAAACACAUUACAAGAGAAAGCAUGGGCUAAAAUCCUUUAUGUGUAGAAAAUGUGGAAAAUUCUUGGCAGUGAAAGGUGACUGGAGAACUCAUGAGAAGAACUGUGGUAAACGUUGGCUUUGCAUUUGUGGUUCCGAUUUUAAGCAUAAGAGAUCACUCAAAGAUCAUAUUAAAGCAUUUGGAUCAGGACAUGGCCCUUUCCUUACAACAUCAUUUGAUGGGAAUGGGAUUCAGCUUUUGGGCGACAAUUCUAACACUCUUGUUUAAAAUUGUGUCAAUUGGUCAACUGCAAUUGCAUGCUGCCUUUAAGUUAAUUAUUAUAAUCUAUCAAAUAUAAUUUGUAGCAUAAGUAUAUUAAUUUAUUUGUCCCAUGUUUUGUGACUCUUGUUUUUUA